CAAAGAAAAAUAAAAGGCGAAGAAAAAUACACAUUUCAUAACUCUAUCACCACUGCUCCGACCAGUCAGCGAGAAACUCCACCGCGAGCAGCAUGGACCAAUCAUCACCACCGCAACAAUCUUACCCAAAGAAGAGCUGGAGCAUCCAUACCCGACCCGAAAUCAUAUCCAAAUACGAAAUUCAAGAACGCGUCGGCUCCGGCGCGUACUCCGACGUUUACAAAGCGCGCCGCCUCUCCGACAACUUGAUCGUCGCCUUAAAAGAAAUCCACGACUACCAAUCCGCAUUUCGCGAAAUCGAGACAUUACAAGUCCUUCAAAACUACCCGAACGUCGUCGUUUUGCACGAGUACUUUUGGAGGGAAGACGAGGAUGCUGUUCUGGCUCUAGAGUUUUUGAGAACGGAUUUAGCGGCGGUUAUUAAGAGCGGGAAGAAGAAUAACGGUAUUAGCGCCGGUGAGGUGAAGAGAUGGAUGGUUCAGAUUUUGUGUGGAGUUGACGCGUGUCACCGGAAUAUGAUCGUUCAUCGUGAUCUGAAACCUAGUAAUCUUUUGAUUUCUGAUGACGGUGUUCUUAAAUUAGCUGAUUUUGGUCAGGCGAGAAUACUUAUGGAACCUGCAUUUGUUGCCGAUGAUGCGAACCCGCAGCCGUAUGAUCAUAGCCUUGUGAAUCAGGAACGAGAUGCUCUGCCAGCGGAGGCUGUUCCGCAGAUGGAAAACGCAUCUCGAGAAGCACAGGAGGCGAAUGUGGUAAAGGGAGAUGAGUCGUUUAGAGAGCUGAGUGAAUUUAAGGCUCAUGAUUACUUGGAGGAAACGAGCAUUCGGGAUGGGGAUACAUCUUGUUUUGCAACGGGCACAGCUAGCGAUAUUGGAGAUGAAACUUUAAAGAGUUGUUAUUCUUACGAUGCUGAUGAAGCUGGGGAUGAUAGACAUGGUUUGCUUACUUCAUGUGUUGGAACUCGCUGGUUUAGAGCUCCUGAGUUACUCUAUGGAUCCACGGAUUAUGGACUGGAAAUUGACUUGUGGUCACUCGGCUGCAUUUUCGCUGAGCUUUUAAAUUUGGAGCCCCUUUUUCCAGGGACUUCUGAUAUAGAUCAGCUCAGCAGAAUUAUAAAUGUUUUGGGAAAUUUAACGGAGGAAGUGUGGCCCGGAUGUUUGAAACUUCCAGACUACGGAACAAUUUCUUUUGCCAAGGUUGAAAAACCCGUAGGUAUAGAAGCCUGCCUCCCCAAUCGUUCCCUUGACGAGAUCUCUCUCAUCAAGAAACUCGUUUGUUACGACCCUGCUACUAGAGCUACCGCGAUGGAACUGCACCACGAUGAGUACUUCAGCAAAGAGCCUCUUCCGGUUCCAAUCUCUGAACUCCAUGUACCUUUAAGAAAUAGCGAGCAAGAUGAAGAUUCUCCUGGUGGAUGGCAUGACUACAACGACAGGGGAUCGGAUUCUGAUUUUGAUGACUUUGGCCCUAUGAACGUUACAUCCACCAAUAGCGGCUUUUACGUUCAGUUUUCUUGAGCUCAAAGACGGUGAGGUCACUUUUUUAUUAAAUUGUGUGCGACUUCUUAAAUUAUACUGAUGAUUUUGUUGAAGAAUUGGGGUUUUAUGAUGUAAACUAGUUUCAUUCUUUGUAAACCAAACAUACAGAUAUUAUACAGGCCAAUCCUUGCCUUUUUUUUGUUGUUGUUAAGAGUGCUUUUGUCUUGCCGAUGGAAUAAAGUUCAACAAAGGUACAAAGGUUCUAUGUUUUA